UGACGUGGUGGUCACUCAGUGCGCAUGCGCUGACGUGGCCAUAGCGCUCCGAGGCGGGGCCUCGCGAGUGGGGUUCUUCGUUGUUGUAACGACAUCGACUUUAAAGGCUUUUCAAAAACAUCUCCGAGCAGUUACGUGAUGUUUCUGAAUUGAAAUGAAGUGAAAAUGAAAUCCUGUGUACGCAGAAGGGUCAGGAAACCGUGCAACAUGGCGCAGUUCGACUUUAGGCAUAUCGCUUGCGGGGUGGUGACGGCCUAGUCCACGUGUUUCUCGGCCCCCCUGGCAGCGCAGGCCCAGGCCCACGCCACCGCAGUUCCGGAUGAGACGUGUACAGAUUCCAGGGCCAAAGAGGCCUCGGGAGCCAUAUGUCGUGCAGGGGAGGCGGCGAUGGCGCUGUAGGGGAGGCGGCGAUGGCGUUGUUCGGACUGCUUGAACAGAAGCCGCUCAACUCCAGUAACUUGGCUCUGCUUCAAAACUCCUGCAACUCAUUUGCUGUGGAGUCUAGAAUCUCUCUUGAAAGUGAGCUGACUGAGUGGGCUAAAAUGCCAUGGAACAGAAGGAUAUAUGUAUUAAGAAGUCAUACUAAUUUGCUCUAUAAGCCGAAUGGAGUGCCAGAGAAUUUUCCUUUCCUGUGCUGAACUUAGGAGAAACCCAUGCUGAGUAACAGCACAGAUGCAGCUCAUUUGGGGAAAAUGAAGGAAGAGAAGAAAAACGCUGGAGUGGAGCAAAGGAGUUGGCAGUCAGUCAGAGCUUCCAAGAAAACGGGUGUUUUUUCUUUUCUUUUCACUUACCUGAGGCUCUCAGGGUCCACCUUGAAAGGGCGAUGCCCUCACCUCUCCCACGGCGCCGUUUCCUCCCCGGCGAGUUUUCUCCCUCUGUGGACUCGCGGCCCUGCAGUAGCCCAUCUGAGCUCCCAGGUAAGGCAGGGAAGCUCUUCCCAGGGGCCACUCCUCCCAGGGCCCCACGGCUGCCACGCCGGCUGGCCUGGUGUUCCAUUGACUGGGAACAGGUGUGCUUCCUGCAGAGGCUGGGAGUUGGGGGCUUCGGCUCGGUGUACAGGGCAACUUACCAUGGUGUUCCGGUGGCCAUAAAGCAAGUGAACAGGUGCACCAAGAACCCACUGGCAUCUCAGCGCAGUUUCUGGGCUGAGCUCAACAUUGCAAGACUUCGCCAUGACAACAUCGUGCGGGUUGUGGCUGCCAGCACACACACACCUGAAGGCUUUAAUAGUUUAGGCACCAUUAUCAUGGAGUUUGGUGGCAAUGUCACUUUACACCAAGUCAUAUACGGUGCUACCAGCUGCCCUGAGGAGGAGGAAGUGGAGCCUCUCUCCUGUGCCAGAGAGCAAUUAAAUUUGGCAAAGUGUUUGAAGUAUGCCCUGGAUGUUGUGAAUGGACUGCUCUUCCUUCAUUCACAAAGCAUUGUGCACUUGGACCUGAAGCCAGCUAACAUUUUGAUCAGUGAGCAGGAUGUCUGCAAAAUUGGCGACUUUGGUUGCUCUGAGAAGCUGGAAGAUCUACUAUGCUUCCAGACUCCUCCAUACCACCUAGGCGGUACCUACACCCACCGAGCCCCAGAGCUCCUGAAGGGAGAGACGGUAACGCCCAAAGCUGACAUCUAUUCUUUUGCCAUCACUCUCUGGCAGAUGACUACCAAGGAGGUGCCUUACAUAGGGGAGCGUCAGUACGUGCUCUAUGCUGUAGUGGCCUAUAAUCUACGACCAUCUCUUGCAGCAGCUGUCUUCACUGACUCCAUCCCUGGGAGAAGACUUGAGAAGAUCAUCCAGGGCUGCUGGAGGGCCAGUGCUUUGCAGAGACCAAGUGCAGAACGUCUUCUGGUUGACCUUACCUCUUUGAAAGCUGAAUUUGGCUGAGUCUAAACCCAUAUCAAGAUAAGCUUGUCUUUGUUUCUAUUUAUUUUUAAAGAAGUGAAGAUGUAGAAAAAAAUCAUUUGUAGGACAGACUUUUAGAAAAUAAAGUUACUAAAAACUUCUUUAGUCUCAAUACACUUUUUCUAACAUAAAUAGCAGAGCUACAAAUCUAGUUAUCUUAGUACUGCUAAUAAUUAACCUUAUUCCUUUAUAGAGUUACAUACUUUGCUUUCAAAAUUAGUGAGAUUACUUUAACAGUUCCAUAGUAUUGCAUUUAUUCAAAUUUGUUGUUGAUAAAAACCAAUUUGUCCAAAACAGAACUGAACUGUAAAAUGCCAAAAUUUUCUAUAAAUUCAAAUAAUAUGUUCCGUACCUACCACCUAAAUUUAAACUAUUAACAGUUUACUUGCCCCACACCAAAUAAAAACUUUUUUCAGAAAGAUUAAUUUUUUCUGCUCCUAUCCCCAAGAACUUUUUGUUUGU